UUUCAUUGAAUCCUAGCAACCUUUUCUUCAUUUUAAAAAUAUCUACAGUAGGUAAUUCUUUUUGAAAGCCCUCUAAAUUUCUUCCAUGAAUUCGUUUCAAGAUUUUGCACGCGCUAUUUCUGAAGCUUGCCCGUGCCCGAAGAAAACGCAAUUGAUCGGAACUGGCGCAGUUUGCAACUCGUGGAUUCCCAGCCGUAAUGUGGAACUUCAACAACUGGUAGUCGAACCACCGCCGAAACCUGCUGUUGGGCUUCCCGUUCUCCAAGGGCCAAUCGAGUCAAUGACUUUGGACGGACAACCGAAACAAAUCGCCCCAUUGCAAAUGUCCAGCUCCGGUCAGAUAGUGCCCUGCUACGGUGAAAUGCAGUACUUUAUGGACCAGAAUUGCACCAUUCCGAUUGGGAAAGAGGAAUAAAGUCCGGCGUCCCCCUACAAUGUGCAGCGCUUUACAUGAAUGGAUUCUUGAUCGGCAGUUUGGCGGCAGCUUUUCGAGGGAAGCAAAUGAUUCCGAUCCGGUUGACAUAGCAAAAAAGUAAAAACAUAAUAAAUUUAACGUGAACCAAAAUUGUUAAACUAACUCGUUUAACUUGCAUUCUAAACGUUUUCUAUCAUAAAAUUGAUACUAUACAAUCUGGUCACCCUAGCCAACAAUGCAUUGCAAUGGGGUCAUAAAUUAGGCGCCCAGUUGAAAAAAGUGCAAUUUUAAUUC